AUGGACGCCUCCUCCCUCCGCAUCUCCAAGUUCGAUGGAACUAACUUCCACGCCUGGAAGUUCAAGAUGCAGAUGGUGCUGGAGGAACGGGACCUAUGGGAGGUCGUCAGCAGUGAGAUCAAGGCGGAACAGUGCGAGACUCAGUUGGACCAAGCGACGUACAAGAGGAAGUCAAGAAAGGCGAUGGCAGUGAUCUGUCUAGCCACGGAAGAUUCCCAGCUACCGUUGGUCCGGUCGGCAAGUGGUGCAUGCGACGCAUGGUCAAGGUUGGAAGACCACUUCGAGAAGAAGAGUCUUGCCAACAAGCUGUUCUUGCGCCGUCGCUUCUUCACGACAAUGAUGGAAGAAGGCGACGAUGUGCUCGAACACAUCAACAAGCUCAAGACGCUGGCGGAACAGCUAGAAGCGGUGGGGGCUCCAGUCUGCGAGGACGAUCUGGUGAUCACACUCCUCGGCAGCCUGAGUGACUCGUAUCAAUUCUUGAUCACAGCUUUGGAGUCGCGCUCAGACACUCUUAGCUGGGAGCUCGUGACGUCUCGACUGCUUCAUGAAGAAAUGAAGCGGAAGGAGCAAGGAAGUAAAGGUGAUGAAGCUUCGCAAGGUCAAGCGUUCAUCACAAGGGACAAUCAGCGCAAAGGGCGACCAGUGAAGAAGUCCUGGCCGUGCCACAAUUGCGGAAAAGAUUGGUCACUGGAUGGCGGACGUGCUCAAGACAGCGGCGACCGCUAUCGAUCACAACGUGCAAACGUCGCUCAAGAAGAAGACUCGGGCGACUACCUCUUUUCGAUCGGUGAAACGACAUCUGCGAAAUCGAGCGACAUCUGGCUGGUCGACUCCGGGGCGACGCAGCACAUGACGUGCUCCAAGAAGUUCAUGCGGAACUACAAGGGGUUUGACGCUGUGGAUGUCCAUCUCGCGGAUGAUGGAAUCGUCCAAGCAAUCGGCAGUGGGGACAUUGUCAUGUCGAUGAAGACACCCCAAGGGAUGAAGAAAGGUGUGCUCACAAACGUGUGGCACAUCCCAAAGUUAUCCAGAAACCUGUUCUCGGUCGGCCGCUUCACCAAGGAUGUCGGCCCAGUGACGUUCACGAAGGAUGGGUGCUAUGGAGAAGCGAAAGGGACCAAGUGGAAAAUUGGUGCCCGUGAAGGUAAAGGACUGUUCAAGCUGCAAAUGACUCCAGUGGCGCCGGAACAAGCAAAUGCAGCCAAGUCGUCGGGAUGUCAAGGGGGCACCAAGUCGUACCUCUGGCACCUUCGGCUUGGCCACAUAGGUCACGAUGGACUCAAUUGCAUCGUGACGAAGAACAUUGGAAUUGGCAUCGACAUAUCUUCGGUGAAGAAGUGGGACGUGUGUGAAGGUUGUGCUCUGGGAAAACAGACUCGAGUGCGCUUCCAAUCAAACACUACAGCUCGCACCUCCAAACUCCUCGAAGUGAUUCACAGCGACGUAUGCGGACCGAUGUCGAUGGCAACUUUCAGUGGAAAACGGUACUUCGUGACAUUCAUUGAUGACAAGUCAAGAUACUGUGUCGUCUAUCUGCUCAAGAGCAAAUCUGAAGUUGCGGCGAAGUUCAUGGAAUACGCUGCGAUGGCCGAAACGCAAACCGGAAAGCGCGUGAAGUACCUUCAAAGCGACAAUGGGGGGUGA